CUUCUUUCGUCCGAUCCGAUCCAUACAGCAAUGUUCACGUGACGCGUUUCGCUCCCACAGCAUGAGCUCAGCUUUCUGCUGCUCGGUAACGCUAGCCUCAAACAGUCCUAAUGCUAUCUAGCUUGCUCCUGAUUCGGCUAAUUUAAAAGCAUCGGAGUUACAAAAUACGAUUAACUACACAACAGAUUAUUUUGUAGGAGACUAGUCUUGGAGCUAUUUAGCACAGAACCGCGCUUUGGGGCAUAUUUGUACAAUUUCGCUGCGCUAGCUAGCCACGGUUAGCUUGUUAGCUAACGGUAACACCAACAUGAAUAUAGACAACGUUAAUCAGUCUGUCACAACUGGGGUGUCCUCCACGACGUCCUCAACUUCCAGCAAUUGUAUCUCAAAUGACAAUGCAACUACCAAUGUCAGCAGCGUCCCUUCGGUCACGAGUAACGCUUCAGCCUCCGCGGCCAUGGUGACCACAUCCGCCGACUCCUCGGUGUCCAACGGGGUCUAUGUUCCCGGAGGUAUCACCAAUGGAGACGUAAAGCCGGCCCUCAACACAACCCCGCUGGCUGAUUUCCUCAUGCAGCUGGAAGAGUACACUCCCACAAUUCCUGAUGCAGUAACAGGUUACUACCUCAAUCGGGCUGGCUUCGAGGCAUCUGACCCAAGAAUAAUCCGCCUGAUCUCCCUUGCUUCCCAGAAGUUUAUCUCGGACAUUGCAAAUGAUGCGCUGCAGUACUGUAAAAUGAAAGGCACCGCCUCAGGAAGCUCACGGAGUAAAACAAAGGAAAAGAAGUACACUCUCACCAUGGAGGACCUCAGUCCUGCCCUCUCCGAAUAUGGUGUCAAUGUCAAGAAACCAUAUUACUUCACAUAGAACUGCCUUUCUUUAA